AUAGAGAAAUCAAAGCUCCAUGGUAAAUUACACAGCUUGUAACUAUACGCAAAAAACAAGUUUUAAGGUUAUGUUAAAUUUGUUGUGUUGUGUCAAACUGUCAAUUUGUAAAAUUACAUUCUGACAAUACUAACUGACAUUACAGUUAUUUGUUUGACGAGUGUGUUAAUAAUAGAUCAUUCCUCUUAAAUAUGUUACCGUAUAUUCUUCUUACAUGUUGAUAUUAUUAUUAUAAACCUAUUGUGAGUGUUGUUAAGGAUUAUUUAGCCCAUAGACGAGAUGAUAUAUGGUGUGUACAUUGUUUCCAAGUCUGGUGGAUUAAUUUUCAAUUUGGAUCACAAUGUUCCUAAAAUUGAAAAUGAACAAACAUUCAGCUAUCCUUUGGACCUAAAAUUGAUCUAUGAAAACAAAAGUGUUAAGGUUUCCUUUGGCCAAAGAGAUGGAAUAAUGGUUGGCCAUGUCUUAACUGCACUUAACUCAAUUCCUGUUACCGGAAAGCAACUAGAUGAUGGUAGGGAUGCUCUACAGAUCAUUGAGAAUAAAGACAAUUACCCUUUACGUCUCAAGUUUGGACGACCAAAGAUGACAACAAAUGAAAAGAUUUUCCUCGCAAGUAUGUUUUACCCUUUGUUUGCCAUCGCCAGUCAACUCAGCCCUGAACCCAAGAGUUCGGGAAUUGAAGUUCUUGAAGCUGACACAUUCAAGUUGCAUUGCUUUCAAACAUUGACUGGUGUAAAGUUCAUGGUGGUUGCUGAACCAACUCAAACAGGCAUUGAAGCACUGUUGAAAAAGAUCUAUGAGCUGUAUGCUGAUUUCGCUCUCAAGAAUCCAUUCUAUGAUUUAGAAAUGCCAAUAAGGUGUGAAUUAUUUGAUACACACCUGCAAGCUCUACUGGAACAAAUGGAAAAAUCUGGCAUUAGUAAUGUAUAGUUACCAAAAUAAACGAUAUUUAUUUCUUA